AUGAGGCAGCUUGAAGUUACUCAAAGUACUGGCUCAUCAACUGCGAUGCGGAAGGAGGAGUCCACCACAUUAAAAUACCUAGUAAAUCAGGAUGGAUCAAGUAUUGGAGGAUUAGGAAAAGGAGAAGGUGCAGAGGGUCAAGAAGUAGGUGCAUUCGGUCUAGGAACUAGAAAUGAAAGAGGAGACCGCCUUGUAGACUUCUGCAAUCAACAUAUUAUGACCAUAACUAAUACAUAA